GGUUGCGCCAGCCGCCACCUACAACUAGGGAUCGACCUCUGGGCCCGAUUAAGAGUCACCGGUCCACCUUUGAGGUGGGAUGCAUGGGUCUGAGGCUAGCAGGAUGGACUAGUACGUAUCAUUGCAGAUAUAUCUUUGAGGCAGUCGCGUUGUUUGUGAGCUAUCUUCAUCGCAUCGUCCAGCGGGGUCUCGUGCGAUGAGCCAAUCCUCUUAUGCAGCAAAGCGCGAUUUGGAUGCAAGAGAGGCCCAGUGGUACGGUGGCAAACAGCCUAGGCUGACGCACGAGGGUUACCCAGCAAGUAAUUAUGCAUCGAAAGUACACUCUCCAGGAGCCAAAAAAGCAUUCACGGGCAACAACUCACUACUACCACAUGUGGACCAAAAGUUAAGCGAGUCAGCUGCCAUGGAAAUGGAGCAGGUACGCUUGCGCAUGCAGGAACAGCGUGAUCAGACGGAAGCAAUGAUUGAACAAUUAAUGAUUGCACAUGAGGAAGCAAGGAAGGAGCGCGAGUCCUUGGUGGUUGAGCUCGCAUCUAUGUCGGCAGACUCGGGGAAGAAGCUACUAGUGAAGGUCAUAACUCGGAUGUGCCGAAUGCAGUUAGUCAUGGCCUGGCAGGCCUGGCACGGAAACACUACACAAUUCACAAAAAUGCAGCUGCAAGAGAAGUCGAAAGCGUUGAAGGCAGAUCUGGCGUCUUUGAGACGCCGCAUUGAGGAGGCUCAAAGGGAUAUAGAUGAGCGGAUCCAGCUUGCAGCAGAUUCCGCUUUCAAAAAUGCAACCGUAAAGCAGCGCCAGCUCCUACUCAAUAUAUUCGGAAGACUGGCGGGACAGAAGUCCCGGGAGUCUUUUUAUGUGUGGAGAGACGCCAUGGAGGACUUUCGACGGAAAUAUACACUAACAUUACGCAUGUUGAUGCGACUAUCCAACGCUAGAAUUAUGAUUGGAUGGAAGAAAUGGUACUAUGAAACAUUCCUGAAGUCAAAGAUGAGCUUAGAAGAAAAGACUAAGGCCCUCUAUUACGAGAUCGGUCUUGCCCGUGAAUUAUGUAAUGUAAAGGAAAAGCAACUUGAGAAAGUCGUCAGCGAGAUCACACGCUUGAUGAUCCAGAAUGCUUCCCCAAAGCAACGAGCCCUCAUGGUAAAGAUUCUAAGCAAGUGCUGUUCGAUGCUACUGCGCUAUGGAGUAAAGAAAUGGAAACAAAAAACCCAUCUCUUCAAACAUGCUCGUAAGACAAUGGGUAUAAUCAUCUCCCGUCUCUGUAACUCAGAAAUUAACUACGGCUUUCGCAAGUGGCAUAUGGUCUGCAUCAAGAUGACAGAAACAUCGGGGGAGCUGGUGGUCGCCAAGCUCAAGGGCCAAAUUUCUAUUUUGAAGGGCCAUCAUGAGACCUCAACAAAUCGUAUUGAAGAAAUGAGCACAAACAUAAGGAAAAUGCGCGAAUCGGUGACUCUGAGACACAGUGCUAUGUCUCAGAUAGCCCAGGGGGCGGAGGAGGUUGACCUUGAGAUAAAGUUGUUGAUUGCAGAAUGCCGUGGUGAUACCGUGAGCAUAGCCCAAGGACGUGCCAAAUUUGGCAGCAACUCGAUGCACGGAAGUCCCCCUCAACGCAGGCGUAGGGAUAAUGGCGAAAUUUUGGGACUUGAAUCUGUUGAUGCAAACACAAGGGCCCACCUUCUUGUCUUUUUGCAAAACCUAGACCAUGCUCAACCACAAGAUACAAUUGGCGCCCUAGCAACACAUCCUGGGCUCCCUAAGCACAAGGCGUGGCUAAAGAAGUAUGUGCUUCUUGGUGAUCAGCAAGUAGCCGCUGCUAUUCGGGCGUACGAGUUUACUUUAGAUACUGAUGACUUCAUCGAAUCCUUGGACAUGAUUAAGAAACUCUCGGACGUGUGAGCAAGGCCCUCCUGGGAACUGCUUAAGGUCACUGACAAGAAGACCGCAAGGACAGGAGCCAAAAAAGCACCAUAAUUCUUUGCACCGAGUGCGUGUAAAUGAACCCCCCCUACGAUGCCCGGCCUGCCUAGGAACCCCCAAACUAAUCGACAUUACUUCUAGUUCCCGCUACUGGCUCUGACUACUGGCAUCACUGGCAUUCUUAAAAUUUACUAAACUUGAA